AUGAUUUCAAUACAAACUCAGGGACAAUUGAUUAUAAAGCCCGCUGAAACAUCAUUGACCAGAGAUCAAUACAGAUCUUUUGUUGCUUCAUGUACUGGUCAAUCGAACAGUCGAGUGGUUGGCUGGAAAUCACCACAACAGAGAGAUAUACCUGAAAAUGAGCACGAUCGUGUUACAAUUGAACGACAAUCUAAUGAAAUCCGAUUACGUAUUCGAAAUUUAACAACCGACGAUCAAGGUACAUGGGAAUGUGUGGGUACGGACAGUAAUGGUCGACAAAGUCGCAAAUCCUUCCAAUUAAAUAUCAAAGUUCCAAUUACAUUUCAUGGUGAUUCUGUUCAAUAUGCUGCUCUUGGAGAAGCUGUCAAAAUUAAAUGCCAAGUCCUAGCAAGUCCCGCAGCUGAAGUGUCUUGGUUUAAAGGACAAGACAAAACUCGUGUUGAUGGACCGUAUUACACGCGUGUCAAUGAUGGUCUACGAAUUAAUCGAGUAGAAAUGUCCGACAAUGACACAUUCUGGUGUCGCGCUGAUGUACUUGAAACUGGCGAAUCACGGGAUUUUCCGAUAACUGUUGUGAUUUCAAAAUCCGUUACUCAGCCUCGUAUCACGUGUGCUACUCCAUGUGCUAUUGAAAAGAAAACCGCUACGUUAGUGUGUGAUGCAACUGGUUUACCGCCGCCAAAAUUUGCCUGGUAUUACGGAUCGGCAGAUGAAUUGAGACCUGUCAAAAUCAAUGUUUUAGCCAAUUCGGAUUCACCUGUUGGUGCGAGUGAAGUACCUAAAUUUGUUGUACGAGGCAAUCAAUUGACGAUUAACUACGUGGACGAAACUGACAAUGGAAAGUAUUCGUGUCAUGCUUAUAAUGAAUACGAUCCAAAAGGUCUUCGAGCUGAAUAUAAUUUGAAUGUGAUUGUUCCACCACGGUUAGCGCCCAUGGCACCUAUCGAAAUUAACCUCGAUGAUCAUCAUCCUCAACAAAUCUCUUUUCAAUGUCGUGUUGAACGUGGUUCAUCAGAAAGUCUCUCAUUGGAAUGGCAAUAUUUGAAUAGUACACCAAUUCAAUCUACUAAUGGCAUAUACGUUGAUAAGACACACUUGGAAAGAGAUAAACUGAUCGAACUACGUUUCAAUCCUGUCCGUCGAGAACAUUUCGGCAAUUAUUCAUGCGUAGCGAAAAAUCUUGCUGACAGUUCCUAUUCAAUUGCUAGUCUUUAUAUUCAAUUUCAACCGGUUUUUGUUGGGCCAAAUAUUCAAACUGUCUCAACAAUUCCUAACUAUCGAGUCGUCAUGCGUUGUCAAUUCGAAUCCUAUCCACCGCCACAAAUACAAUGGAUCAAAAUGGUUCGAACUGUUGAAGAGCGGGAAGGACGGACACUAGCUGUCGAUGUUGAUAACGGUGUAAAUGAUAUAACAACUAAACAACUUGGAUCAACAUUGUUUGAAAGUGUUCUUUCGUAUACACCGAUCGAACAGGAUUUUGGUAUCAGUUUCGAAUGCCGAGCAUUGAAUCCGCGUGUCGGUCGACAUUCAUUUACACUUCAACGUGCCGAACCACCGAAAAAAGUUCGAGUAUCCGAAGUCAAACCAUUAACCAAUGGCGUCGAAAUUGUUCUUCAACCACCAGAAGCCGGUGGUCUUCCACUAAUGGAAUACGUGAUUAAAUACGGUCUAGCUGAUAAGACAGAUGAUCAAGGCCAAACAUUAGUUAUUCCAGCGCAAUCUGUUUCCGAUGAUCCUCAACAAUCGGGUCAAAUAUUGAAAAUAGAGAAAAUCAAGCCAAGUACCACUUAUCGUUUUACAAUCUAUGCGAAAUCUCGUGCUGGUACAGGCCAACAAAGUAGCUCGACAACGUUCCGCACAUUGGACAGACAAAUUCCAGAUUUUAAAAUCACGAAAACAGAUGAAAAUAAGAACGAAACUUGUUUCAGUGAUCGCAGUUGUUUAAUUAAAUGGACGAUCGAAUCCGAUGGUGGAGCUCCAAUCAUUCGUGCUGAAGUCCUCUAUGCUAAAGCUAAAAAUGACAACAGUUUUGAACCUGACGGACCAUUCAGCACACCAGUUCCAAUUGACGCUUCUAUUUCCGAAUAUGAAAUUCCUAAUUUAAAACCAACGACUAGCUACAUAGUUCUUGUUAAGUUAUACAAUGAAGCUGGUGCAGCCGAACAAAAACUCCGUAUUACAACACUGAGCGCCAGAAGUGGCAGUAUCACAGCCACCAUGAACCCUUUGAUACAAAACUAUCGACGAAAUCAGCCAAGCAAAUGGGUUAUUGUUGGUAUCAUUUUGGGUAUUAUUUUAUUUGCCGUUAUCUUCGUUGUGAUCUGUGUUCUGUUACGAGUCUAUCGACUUGGUGGCAAAAACAAAACAACUGAUUCUGAUCAUCAAUCCGCACCAAUGAUAAAUUCCAAUAAUGCAGAGAAUAAUUCCGAGCAAAAUGGUUACUCAAAUGGUCAUUCUUCCAAGAAGUCGAAAAAGAAGACGAAACCUAGUGCUGUUUGA